AUGACUGAAGAUUACGGCCAGAAACCAACGCCAACACAAUUGAUAACAAAACAAUUAACGUCAUGCCUUCAAAGGUGGUCACAGGUUCUACCUGAAAAUUCAUCUAUGCCUUCUUCUGACGAGAGUGGUACACUUACUGAAGAAGUCUUGAGUGCUGUGUUGAGCAGCAUAGGAGGUAAGAAUAUUACUUUCUAUAUAAACUGUCCUCGCAGUAGAUCUUUUUGUCACCAGGCUGACCCGGGGUACCUAGGUCGCCGAAUAGCCCCUAUUGAACUGGUGGGGGGGGCGAGGUUGUGGUACACGACCUGUCGUUCUCGAAACGAAAUUGGAGAAUAUAAGCUAGGAGGUUGGCGACACCUGGAUGGGGAGGUACUCUCCGUCGGAACACCUAGGGGGAGAUACGGCUGGGCGUCGGGGUACCUGACACGAUCCCGGUGGACACUAGAUUUAUUCAAAAAAGGAUCCAAACAUGGUGUCAAAUUGGAAGAUCUUUACAUGCCGUUAGCUUCUAAUCAAUCAAAAACUCUUACCGAUAAUUUGGAAAAGUCAUGGAAUAUAGAGCUACAAAAGUUAAAAUUGAUCGAAAACCCAAACAACAACAACAACAAUAAAUCUGCAAAAACUAAGCCGAGGUUACUGAAAGCACUCAUGCGAACAUUCUCAACUAAAUUUUUGAUCAUAGGCGUAUUUCAAAUCAUCGUAAUCGGGUACGUAAUCUGGCGUAGUAUCGGGGUUUACACUUUGGUAGGCUACGGAAUUUUAUUCUUGAUAACCAUACCAAUGCAGAGCUACGUAGGAAUUGUAACUGGAAAACUCAGAAAAGUUACUGCUAUGUUGACUGACAGACGAGUCCAUUUCGUAGGUGAACUGAUUUCUGGGAUUCAGGUAAUAAAAAUGUACGCAUGGGAAAAACCCUUUGAGAUGAUAGUGACCAAAGCCAGAUUGGAGGAAAUCAAAAAGGUGCACUAUUCAAAUAAGAUCAAGGGGUUGUAUACAAACUUAUCGGAGUUCACUCAAAAAAUCAUGACCUUCACGACUAUUGUUGUCUUUAUUUUGAACGGAAAUUCACUCCCGACUAGAGAAAUUUUCGGGAUUGUAAUUUAUUACAAUACCUUGGAACUUCUUAUGACGUUGAUUUUUCCUAUGUCGAUUGUUCUAUUAAUGCAAUCUCUCAUCGCUAUCAAAAGAAUCGAGGAGUUUCUUCUGCUGGAGGAGGUCAAAAAAAACACGAAUGCCUUGGACAUCAGAGCACAGAUGCCUGAAGUUGUUGAGGAUAGCCUGAAAAAGAAAUCCAAUCCAGGAGCUGUAGUUGUCAAGUUGAAUAAAGUUUCAGCAAAUUGGAAAUUCGGACAAUUGCCUCCAACACUGAGUGACGUCUCACUGAAGAUCAACGGAGGAGAACUUUGUAUUCUUGUAGGUCCAGUCGGUUCGGGAAAAAGUUCUUUGCUGAAUGUGCUCCUGCAAGAGCUGCCAGUCGGUGCAGGCACGGUUGAACUCUUCCAGUUUUCUGAUGAAGAGUCUGCUGGAGCUAAAUCUAAGUCAGUAUUUUCACAGGACAAUCCAGCGAUGAGAAUAUCGUACGCUAGUCAGGACCCCUGGCUUUUCACGGGAAGUGUCAGAGAAAACAUUCUCUUUGGGCAAGAAUACGAUAAAGCGCGUUAUCAAGAGGUAGCGAAAGUUUGUUCUCUACUACAAGACUUCAAGCAACUGCCAGAAGGUGAUCUGACGAUUGUCGGAGAACGAGGAGCUUCCCUUUCUGGCGGUCAGAGAGCGAGAAUCAAUCUGGCCAGAGCUAUUUACAGACCUGCUGAUUUGUAUCUUCUGGAUGAUCCGCUGAGUGCUGUUGAUGCACACGUAUCUCGACAACUCUUCCAAGACUGCAUCCUUGGAUACCUCAAAGGCAAGACACGAAUCCUCGUCACUCAUCAGCUCAGUUAUAUUACGCAAGCUGACACCAUUGCAGUCAUCGAACAGGGGUUGAUCAAACAUCAAUGUACCUUCGAUUCCUUAACUUCUACGAGCUUCGCAUUCAACAACAUGGUCAAUGAUUUGCAAGAGAGUAGAAACGAACCAAAUACUAUUCCUAAAACCAAUCAUCAAGCUUCCCCUCCAGAAAACAUUAAACAGGAAACUUUUUUCCGUCGAUUAAAGAGAAACAUUUCCCAAGUUUCUAUCAGGUCUCAUGAAAGCUUCGGGUUGACUAAUGAGUUCGAUGAUGCUGUCAAAAGAAGUUUUGCCGAUGAAACAAUGGGCACAGGAAUUAUUUCAAAAAAAGUUUAUAAACGCUACCUCCAUGAAGGUGGUGGAAUGAUUGGCAUCAUUUUGCUUGUUAUACUGUUCAUUGUGACGCAAUUGGUAGCUGUUGGUAUCGAUCAGUGGAUGACUUAUUGGACGCGACUAGAAACUAUCCGUUCUGCAAGUAAUUCAAGUCAGACUGAUCUAAAUCUUGAUAAUGACUUGAUAUCCACUUAUACAGCAGUCUACGUCUACUUAGGGCUUUUAGUUACUUUCAUCAUACUUUCAAUGUUACGGUGUUAUUACCUCAUACUAAUAGGGGUGAGAGCUGCUCAAAACCUUCAUGAUAUCAUGCUCAACAGUAUCCUUGGAACAACAAUGCACUUCUUUCAUACGAAUCCGGCAGGUCGCUUGUUGAACCGAUUUUCGAAAGAUGUUGGAACUGUCGAUGAUAUACUUCUACCAGAUUUGAUGCAAGCUGCUAUCAUCAUCUCCUUAGUUGCGGGAACGUUUAUCAAUAUUGCAAUAAUCAACCCUUGGAUGAUCAUUCUUGCUCUGAUUUUAGGAGUUUUAUUUAGUUUCUUGAUAAAAUACUACUUAAGGACGGCUCAAGAUGUUAAACGGCUGGAAAGUAUAGUAAAAAGUUCCGUUUUUACGCAUGUCGACUCAACUUUUAACGGCCUAACAACUAUCAGAAGUAGGGACAACCACGAAAAACAAAUGUUACGCAGUGAGUUUGAUCUGCAUCAGAAUAACCACACAGAAGUUUGGUAUUUAGUGAUAGCAAGUGAAACAGCUUUUGGACUUGGAGUUGACUUAAUGGCAUGUCUUUUUACCACGAUUUUGACUUUCUUUCUUAUUGUUCUUAAUGCAGAAUAUAACUUUGGGGCGACUGCAGGACUGGCGAUUUCCCAAUCCUUGAUCUUAACUAGUAUGUUAAAAUACGGUCUUAAACAAGCUACUAAAGUGCAAUCACAGAUGACGGCUGUAGAGAGGAUAAUUCAGUACACUGACUUGCCGAAAGAAGGUCCUAUAGAAUCAUCGAAGCCAUUGCCUAAAAAUUGGCCAUCCAAAGGACGUAUUCAGUGGAAAAACGUUUCUCUUAGCUAUAAAAAAGACGACCCUGCUGUUUUAAAGAACAUUGACUUGAUGAUCGAACCGGGGUGGAAAGUUGGCGUUGUCGGAAGAACUGGUGCCGGAAAAUCCUCAUUGAUAUCUGCACUCUUCCGACUGGUCGACGAUGGUCUCCAGGGGCAAAUAAUUAUUGACGGUGUAGACACUAAAACAAUCGGGCUUCAAGAUUUACGAUCAAGCAUAUCAAUCAUUCCACAGGAGCCUGUUUUAUUCUCUGAGACACUACGAUACAAUCUCGACCCAUUCGGGAAAUUCACCGAUAAAGAAAUCUGGGAUGCGUUGAGGGAAUUAGAAUUGAGUGACUUUGUCCUCGACCAAUGGGUCACCGAAGGCGGAACAAACUUCAGUGUUGGUCAGCGUCAGCUGAUUUGCCUCGCUCGUGCUCUGCUGAGAAACAAUCGGAUCCUAGUUCUCGACGAAGCCACCGCUAAUGUCGACUCUCGGACUGAUGCGUUGAUCCAGCGAGCUAUUCGGUCUAAAUUCGCAGAUUGCACAGUUAUAACAAUAGCUCACCGAUUGAAUACAAUCAUCAAUAGCAACAGGAUUUUAGUAAUGGACAAUGGAUGUGCAGCGGAAUUUGAUACACCUUACGGAUUAUUAAUAGAGAAACCGGGCAGCAUUUUCGCAAAAAUGGUUGAACAAACCGGAUCAUCCACAGCUUCUGAAAUUAUGCAACAAGUGACGGAAUAUCCGCAAUGUCAACUCAUCAUCGACGAAUCUCAGAAAACUUUUCCUUAUGACUCUUUUCUUUACUGCACAAAACUUUAA